CCCCUUGGAUUACUUUCUUUGUUGCAAGAAGAAUGUGUGGUUCCAAACGGAAGUGAUCAGUCACUACUUGAGAAACUUCUCACAACACAUUCGUCAAAUCCUGUUUUCGCCCGCUCUAAGCAGUCGGCGAGGAAUACGACGAUUGCGCACUUCUCUGUGGUGCAUUAUGCUGGUAAAGUACAAUACAACAUUGAUGGAUGGGUUGAGAAGAAUAAAGACGCUGUGGAGCGCAGUGGACUGGAUGUACUGAGUGAAAGUAAAAAACCGAUCCUGCAAGCACUUUUCCCGAAACCGAAGAAUGGAGCAGUCAGACCUCGAAAACCAUCGUUAUGUGCCAGUACAGUCUCGCACAUGUAUAAGGAGCAGUUACUGAACUUGCUUGAAACGUUGAACACCACUCGUGCACAGUUCAUUCGUUGCAUAUCACCAAAUGAUCAUCGCCAACCGGGCUUUAUCGAUUCGCAUCUGGUGCUUCAUCAACUCAGGUGCAACGGCGUUUUGGAAGGUGUCCGAAUCUGUCGCCAAGGCUAUCCAAAUCGUCUUCCAUUUGACGAAUUCAUCAACAGAUAUAAACUUCUCUCAUCAGGUGGCCAGUUUGAAGCAGACUCUGAAGGUGCUUCUCAGCUGUGUCGCAUUUUGAAACUUGAUCCAGCGCGUGCACAAAUCGGAACCACUAAAGUGUUCUGUAAAGUUGGAGUUAUAUCACAGGUUUCUUAA